UAGAAAUGCUGUCGAAUUUCCAAUAACGAAUGUGCGAGUCUCGCGGGUUUGCUUGUGCUCCUAGUCCUCGUGUCUCCAGCGCGUUUGCCUGCUGGACGUGCAGGCUGGAAAAGUGCCUCAGCGCGGCUGCCGUUCUCUUUGUUUUUCUCUGCAGCCGGCGAUUACGAAGCGCACUCUCGCUUCUCACUUUGUUUGCCCCGGGAUGCGUGUGAGAACCGCCCUUUUUUUCAUUCGAUUUCGUCCAAAUACUCCCACUUCCGAAUAGCGCAUUCGCACUUCACCGUGGCGGCCUGCACACGAGCUGUCGGUACACCCGAAACUGUCGUGGACCUCUUAGACAAAGCGCUUGUGCACGAAUCACUCUUCACUUUUCAAUUUUUUUUCACGCGGAGUGACCGCUGUAUAACUAAGGAAACGAAGCUACUGAGACGCGGUCUGCCGACAUCCCCUCCACUGUGUCUUCCGUUCCCGGUGUCGCUCCUGUUUCCGAACUCUGCCUAUACGUUCGCUAACGGCAGACGCUCACAAAUUUUCUCAAGUUACCCGUCGAUCUGUCGAAUUUUCUGCGGCGGAUCGGGCUCUUUCCCCCGCUGUUUACUCUCAACUGUCCGAGCGGGAGGUCGAUCUUGAUGCUGGGAACGCACCGGGGGACGUGAUGGUACGUUUUCUGCUUUAGGCUGAGCGGCGUCGUUCUGCAGCCCAGUGGUCUUUUCUUUGUCGGCAUCUCAGUCCGUUCCACGCGAAGAAUCAUGCCUGCCUCGGAACCGGCCGCAUCACCCGCAGCUGUACCUUCGUUGAACGCCGUCUUGUCCACGCCACCCGUCUCGUCUCCCGCUUCGCCCCCUGGAGCGCCGUACUUCCUGGCCGUCGCGGGGGCGGUUUCCUCCUGGUUGAUGCUUCUGUGUGUCGCGCAAGAGCUGCCGUACGACCUCGGCGAGACUCUCGGCGUUCGCUUUCGUCGCUGGCUCCACGCACAUCCGGUUCUCUUCGCUCCGUGGACUGCUUUCCUUCGCUGGCUAGGUCGCAGAAGGCGCCUCGUAGGUCUCGGCGACUUCAUUCUCAGAGAACAUCUUCGCCUCAGUGGCUGAUUCGAAACGGAAAACAACGGAGUUCUCCGACCCCCUCUUCGUCGCCGUUGUUUCGAUUCGCCGGUCGUCUGCGUUGCUUCCUCGCGCGGAGAAAGCAGAGAAAAAGCCUGAGCAAACUACUAGACGGAUGUGUCUUCGUCUAAGCCCAGCAGCCUGGCGACCUGUGGGGCUUUCGUUCGCGUGAUCUGUGGUUUCCUGAUUCUCGGUCUGUUCUGUUGAGAAUCAGAAAACGCGUGCACGCUCACAAGAUGGAGGGGCUUCUCGCGAGAGUCACCUCCACGCGGCGGACCGCCUCUCCGGCAGGCCCCGCUGGGGGCUCGCGGAUCGCUAGACUCUCUCCGUUCUCUCUAUGUCCGUCUCGGCUUUGUCUUGUCUUCGGUGUGGCGCUGCUUCCGCUCCUCAUCACUUUCUCUUUGCCGGCGUCCUUUCAUUUUUUGGACUCCGACUCAAGUUUCCCCUUCCCGUUUGUCUGCUCGCUCCUCUCUCCUACUCCGUCGACCUCUUCGGCGUCUCCUGAAGGCGGAGGCACUGUGUCACAAUCCCCUUCCUUCUUCCUUCUUCCGGCCUCUGCGUCUCCUCUCGCUUCAGCCGCGGGACUCGCUGGCGGGGCUGUCGCCCUCGGCGCCCGCCAGGCGGAGAGUGCGGAGGUGGCGAAGGCCUCGAAGGCAGACAAGGGCGCAAGGAGGAAGAAGAAAAUGCCGCCUCGGCUCCUCCAAGUCGUCCGACCCAACGAACGCCACACUGGUUUGGAGAUCGACGAAGAGGCACUGGCGUACAUCGAGGCAAUUCCUGCACCUAUCUCGGUUGUGACUGCUGUCGGCUCCAUCCACACAGGCAAGAGCUUCCUGCUCUCGCAGCUCCUCGCUUUCUCCUACCCUCACGAUAUCUCCUACGACCCUCUGCCCGACCCUUCUUCGACGAAUUCAACUCUUUCCUCUUCCUCUCCAUCAUCUCGUCGAUUUACGGCUUUCCCGGUGGGAUACACAGUUCAUCCGGGGACGCAGGGCCUGUCUGUGUGGAGCGAGCCUUUGCGCGUGGAUCGCCAGACAGGAAGGGUGGUGGUGGAGGAGGAGAAAGGGAAGCAGCGGAAGAGCUCUGUCGGGAAGUCAGAAGUCGAGCAAGUGACGAAUGUUCUUCUUCUCGACACUGAGGGAUUCGGCGGCCCAAAUGUCACGCGCAGCUACGACCAACUUCUCUACGCCGUCGCUUCUCUAGUCUCCUCGGAAAUCCUCUUCACGACCAUGAAAAUGAUCGAUGCACAAUCCCUGCAGCUGUUGGAAGACCUGACACGCGACGCGAAUUUGUUCAACUUGCGAGCGCAUGCACAGUCGGUGAACGCGACUUCCACUCUUCCACAGCACUCCGAGAAACGCGAGCCGAGCCUCGCGGCUGGGAGUUCCAAGCACCAGCAGUCCGAAGCGUCUUCCGGGCAGGAGAAGAGAGCGCCAGCGGAGGUGGAGCAGAGUUUAGAGGAGUCUUUCGCAGGUUCUGCCCUCUUCUCCUCCCUCGCCCCCUGCUGUCUCUCCUGGGUCGUCCAGGACUUUGUACAGGACUUGCAGGGGCUGACUGCGAUGGAGUGGCUCGAUCGCCUCAUUGCCACACACCGGUGGAGUGCCUCGCCAGCAGAAGUCGAGAAGAAUUUCUGGAAAGAAAAGCGCGGAGCAGAGAAAAACAAGAAACCCGAUGAUGACGGCGACAACUCGCUUUCACACUCGUUGCGGUCGUUCUACGACUCGAUUCACUGCGUGGCGCUGCCGGCACCUUCAUCUUCGUCGGAGGCGCUUCAGCGGCUGGACCUGCUGCCCGUGUCUGAAAUGACCCCCGUAUAUAGGGCGGCCUUCCAGGAGUUCAAGGACUCGCUGCUGAGACGCGUGGCGAACAAUUUCAAGGCGAAGAAUCGUCUUCUUCAUCCAUCGACAGGGCGUGGAAUCCAGGGAGUCUGUGCUCGGCGCACAGGACAGAAAGGCGAGAGCAGUGAGAGGAGAGAGGACUCAGACGCGCUGUGUGGACGCGAAGAAGGCGCCGAACAGAGAGGAGAAAACGAACACGAAGUCAGCGGAGAGGUUGGAACGGACAAAGAAGUGACAGACAACCGACGCGGAGGCGUAGGCCGAGUCGCCAUGAGCGGAAAGGAUGUCGCAGAUCUCCUUCGAUUUCUCGUCAGAGCGGCCAACCUCAACAUGUUCGAAAAUGUGCAAAUCUUCAUGAACCACUUCUCCACUGUUCGGUCGGACUUGGCGAAGAACGACCUCCUGUUGCUUUUCGAAGAAGACAUGCGAAGGUUUUUGAACGUGCACCCGCCGGCUCUGCCUCCGCUCUUCUUCUCCUUUGCGGACUCUCUGCGCCAGCGGUUGCUUCAGCAGUGGCAGCAGCAGAUUCGCGGCCAGGAGGGACUGCAUGCACAGGACAUUCAGCAGCAGCAGCAAGAAGAAAUGAUCCAACAGUUGAACGAGAAAGUCGAGAAAUUCCGAGGCAUAGCAGAAGAACAAGUUCGAAGGUACUGUCGAGAGUUUUGCGGCAAACGCCUUCACCAAGUUCAACAAGAAAUUCAAAAGCAGCAACAGCGUCUCCCUAUGGCGCCACAGGCCCUCGCCGAGUGGGCGAUCUACGAGCAGCGACUGCAAAGGUCGCUUCUGACAGAUGAGGUUAACCGGGGAGGUCGGGAUUUCGCAUCGGCCGACGUUUGCGAGGAGGAACUGCGAGCGUACGACGAGAAAGUCGAGAACUUGUUCCUUUUUCUGCACAAGGAAAACACGAAAAAGAUAGCGGCCGACAUGCAGAAGGCGGAAGAGCAGACUGUGGCGUUCUUCGCCGAGCAGCUGAAGCAGCACCCGCUGGAGAUGCUUCGACCUCUGGAGGAGUUUCGCGCGCUUCUUUUCGAGUGGAAAACUGGCGCGUGGGAGAUUUUCGAACAGAAGGUGGAAGACCUCCGAGCAGUGCGGCAGAUCUACAGCGUGUUUGAGCAGCGACUGACGACGGAGCUGAAGAGAUUGGAGCAGCAGAGUCUGCAACACUGGGACGAGAAAUGCACCGAAAUUGCAUCCGACAUCCUCCACAAGUGGAGCAACACAUACAAGGCGGAGGUGAUUGCCUCGUUCCCGAAGAUUCAGUCUCUCCCCGUCGACGAAGAUAUUCUGCAUGCAGCGUCCCAGAACAAAAUGCAAGACGCGUUGGACGAGAUGAACGAGUUGUACUGCGCAAAGACGGCUCCCUGGCAAAAGGUGGCUAGCCAACUGAAGGAAGUGAUGCUCGAGAGACAGAAAGAGCUUGAGAUGCAGAACGUGGAGGCGAUCAAGACAAACUGCAAAGAACCUUUGGACAAGCUUCUGAAGAAGCUGCGACCUGAAGCAGAGAGUCGAUACUUUUGGACCACGUUCGUUUCUCUUGCUCGGCGAGAAGCGUUGGCAGUUCUUUCGUCCCAGAAUGCUCAGACGCGAGCUACGGUUCUCCUCUCGGAGCGUCUGGUGAAUCGUGUGACAGAGCACUGGCUGGAGACAGAUGUCAGAGCGACUUACGCGGACACCAUAUGGCGGAACAUGGUUAAUCUGUGUGAGCAGAUCGCGGGAGGAAUUAUUGGAAUCGGAGGCUUAAUCGUAUUCAGCACAUACAAUAUUUGGAUGGGAGUCGGCAUGAUGGCGGUGGGGGCCUGGCUGCUCUUCGGCAUUCUGACUCUCAUCGGCUGGAUGAGGGGAGCCUUCAAAUUCACCGUCCAGGGUUUGUGGCACGGCCUACAAGACAGAGUCGGACUGGAGGCAGCUGUCGGUAUCUUCUUCAUUACCGCAGCGAUAGUUGGUGCUAGCGGCUUCCGAUGGUUCUCGAUACGAAAGGCUAGGACUGUCGCGUAUGCGGCUGGUCCCCAAGCGUACCAGACAAACCCAAUAAGCAUGUCCCGACCUUGUUCUGUCGACCCGGUUGCGUACGGUAUGGCCCCUGGCCUAUCUCGAGCGUCCCAGUCGUCCGUGCCACAGCAGAUGGAAUUUCCUACUCCUCUCGGGGUAAGGUCGUCGGCAGCACCGAGCUCCUCCAUGAUGUAUGACUCUAUAUUUCCUGACGCAGAACGAAAGAGCCGUUACUCAACAGCGUAUGUAGGUUGAGCCGUCCGUUUACUGGUGGCCGGUCUGAAGACUACCUCAACCAAGGAUGCUCUCCCUUGUUUCCCAGCUGUUCCACCUUUGACGUCCUGUAUUAUUCAUUAUGGGCAACAUGUUGGCAGUGACGAAGAUGCUUCCAGCGACCUAGUCGGCGGAUCUUUUGUACCAAAGCCAUGCUGCUAACCGGCUUUGGAACCUUUAGCUCUGCCCAAGACGGGUCUAUCGACAUAAGCUUCUGUGCCUGUGGUAAUUCUGGUACCUUACUUUUAACUUCAGAGACUAACACCACACUUGUUUGUCAUGACGGCUAUCCGAGUAUCUGUGAGAAACCGGCUGGACCGGUUCAUCCACUCGACCAGUCAGUUUCAGUCUCUUUUGCUAGAACUAGACUUGUAAAGUUGUUCGUAUGCGCUGCUGUCGGCUUGCGGCUUUCGAACCGUCAGCUCUGUUGGAACAAUUUAGGAGUUAUUUCUACGCAUGGGACGGGAGCAGUGGCUAUUAUUCCUUGAUGAGUCCCACUGAUGCGUGAGCUAACAAGAUCUGCGGUGUUUCUUCACUUGGCUACUGUUCCGACGUGCCGGACAACGCAGGCCCGGGUCCAUUAGCUCAAAUUCAUUUUUUGGUGCGUGCAC